UUAUUAUGUCUAUAAUUUUCUUUUUUUUUUACUCUCUAAGUAUUUGAUAACUCAUUGGGGAUUUAUCAAACAUUUUUCUUAUGCAUUAAUAGCGUUAAGAGUUGUAAAGAGCUAGUUUUAUUACAAGCUAUGUUGAGACUUUACGUGUGUGUAUUGGAAGCCAAGGACCUUCCCGUGAAGGAUACUUACGUGAAGCUUAGGCUGGGAAAGUUCAAGUGCAGGACAAGGAUAUUGAGGAACACAAGCAACCCCGUUUGGAACAAGGAGUUUGGUUUCAAUGUGCAUGGUGCUGAAGACAUGCUUGUUGUCUCUGUUGUUAAUCAUGAUAAUAUUAAUGAGUGCAGAGUGACCAAUGGUUCUGUGGAGUUUGUGGGUGAGGUACGGAUUCCGGUAGGUUCGGUUGCUUUUGAGGAUAAGCAAACGUUUUUGCCCACGUGGUUCUCUCUUGAAAGCCCCAAGAGUGGGAAGUUUUUCAAUGAAUAUUGUGGGAAAAUUCUCCUUACCGUUUCUCUUCAUGGUAAAGGUCGUUCUUCUUUUAUCAAUCAUAAGCAUUCUUCAAAUUCAACUAUUGCGGUUGACAACUCAAGAGACUUGGAAGGUCUGCACGUUGCGUGUCAGGUACCUUGUGAUAAAAUGGGUGCAGGCAAACAAUUGUUGAAGGCUAUUGCUAAUGGUCUGCAUAGGAUUUUCAAAAAGAAAGAAGAAAACUCAAAAUCUGGUGAUUCUUCAGAACUAUCUACUUCAUUAUCUGAUUAUGAAGAUAGUGUACAGGAAAAUUCAUCUCCUUGUAGCUUUGAAGAAGCCAUUGCACUAAUGGAAUCAGGAGAUGACAAACCAGAAAUGCCUGAAAAUUUGCCUGGCGGUGUUCUAGUAGAUCAGAUUUAUUUAGUCUCUCCGAAUGACCUUAAUGUGUUUCUUUUUGCACCCAAUUCACAGUUUAGUAAAGAUAUGGUUGAACUGCAGGGAACAACAAAUGUGCAAGAGGGACCUUGGACAUGGAAAAAUGGAGACAUGUCGUGUUUAACACGAGUUGUUACCUAUACAAAAGCGGCUACGAAAUUGAUUAAGGCAGUUAAUGCAAUUGAGGAGCAAACCUACAUUAGAGUGAGCAGAAAGGAAUUUGCUAUACUUGUUAGUGUAAGCACACCAGAGGUCCCAUAUGGAAAUUCAUUUAGGAUUGAAUUGCUUUACAAGAUAAUGCCAGGGGAGGCAUCUUCAGGAGAGGAAUCCUCCCAUCUAGUUGUGUCUUGGGGAAUUGUCUUCCUCCAAAGCACAAUGAUGAAAGGCAUGAUAGAAGGUGGGGCAAGACAGGGAUUGAAGGAGAGUUUGGUCCAGUUCUCGGACCAACUUGCGCUGAAUUUUAAGGUGCUAGAUAAAGCAGAUUUACCAGACAAGGAACAUUUGUUGGCAACUUUGCAAACUGAAGACCAGUGGAAUUGGUGGCAGACAAUUACAUACUUUUGGAAUUUCACUGUGGCUUCCACCAUUUUCAUGUUUUUGUAUGUGUUGGUGCAUAUUUUAAGGUGUGGUCCAAGUCUACCUCAGGGCUUGGAAUUUAGUGGGCUUGAAUUGCCAGAUAGUUUUGGGGAGCUCAUUACAAGUGGAAUUUUAAUCAUCCAGUUGCAGCGUGUUUAUAAUAUGGUGUCUCACUUUGUGCAAGCUAGAUUUCAAAUGGGAACUGACCAUGGCCUCAAAGCCAAUGGUGAUGGAUGGGUUCUUACUGUGGCUUUAAUUGAGGGGGUUGACCUGGCCUCCUUGGAGUCCGAAGGAUUGUCAGAUCCCUAUGUAGUUUUCACCUGUAAUGGACAAACAAGGUCAAGCUCUGUCAAGCUUCAAAUGCCCGAUCCUCUAUGGAAUGAGAUAUUAGAGUUUGAUGCUAUGGAAGAACCACCAUCAGUUUUACAUGUGGAAGUUUUUGAUUUUGAUGGUCCAUUCGACCAGGAUGUUUCACUUGGACAUGCUGAGAUCAAUUUUCUAAAACACACAUCAACUGAGUUGGCAGAUAUGUGGGUCAUGCUUGAAGGAAAGCUUGCCCAAUCUUCUCAGUCAAAGUUGCACUUGAGAAUUUUCUUGGAUAACAAUAAUGGAGUUGAAACAAUCAAGGAAUAUUUGGAGAAGAUGGAAAAGGAAGUAGGCAAAAAAUUGAAUCUUAGAUCACCUCAAAGGAAUUCUACAUUCCAGAAAUUGUUUGCUUUGCCUCCGGAAGAAUUUCUCAUCAAAGAUUUCACUUGUUACCUCAAGAGAAAAAUGCCUUUACAGGGUCGGUUGUUUCUUUCAGCAAGGAUUCUGGGGUUUCAUGCCAAUUUGUUUGGACAUAAAACCAAGUUUUUCUUCCUUUGGGAAGAUAUUGAAGAGAUACAAGUGCUUCCUCCAUCAUUGGCAACAUUAGGAAGCCCUACAUUGGUCAUAAUUCUGCGAAGAGGUCGGGGUCUUGAUGCAAGGCAUGGUGCAAAGACUCAAGAUGAAGAAGGGAGACUUAGAUUUCAUUUUCAAUCAUUUGUUUCAUUUAGUGCUGCCUCCAGAACAAUAAAGGCCUUGUGGAGGACAAGAAUACUGAACCCCUAUCAGAAAGAACAAAUUUCAGAAGAGCAUGAAGAUCAAGAAAGCUUUGUAAUUCUGGAAGACUCUGCAUCUAUCUUAGAGGAUGAAGAAAAAAUGUCCAGAAUUUUCUCUGCAGAACUUCCAAUUAAGAUGAAAUCAGUGAUGGGAAUAUUUGAUGGAGGAAACCUGGAGCAUAAAAUUAUGCAGAGAACAGGAUGUAUGAACUAUGAAACAACAUCAUGGGAACAAGUAAAGCCUGAUUUCUUCGAGAGGCAUGUUUCUUACCAAUUCAAUCGACAUGUGUCAGUUUUUGGUGGUGAAGUCACAUGCACACAACAAAAAUUUCCAAAUACAAACACUGGAGGUUGGACUGUGAUUGAAGUUAUGGCUCUUCACAGUGUCCCAUUUGCUGAUCACUUCCAUAUUCAUUUUAGGUAUGAAAUUGAGAAAUCCUCUCUUGGUGACUGUGCAUGCAAGUGUGAUGCUUACAUUGGUAUUAUGUGGCUCAAGAGCUCUAAGUUUCAGCAGAGGAUCAACAGGAACAUAACAGCCAAGUUUAACCUCCGAUUGAAGGAAAUAUUUGAACUGGUUCAGAAAGAGAUUUUGUUAAUGUCUCAGAACUCUCACGGAUAAGUAUUAUGUUAGGCCAGAUAGAAUAAAUUGUAUUAUGCAAAAGAAAAAUGAGUUUUCUGUAGACCAAUUAGCUUUCUGAAAUUGUUCAGAAAAAUGAGUUUUCUGUAGAACAAUCUUGUUGUAUAACUGAAUUUUUAUUAA